CAUAAACAAACCAAAGACACGAAAAAAUGCUUUCGCAGCAAAAAUGAGCAUCAAAAUCCACCAAAUAAACGAGCAAAGUUGCCGUUUGUGUUUCAAAACGUGCCCGGACCAUGCAACAAAUGUCGCAGAAAUCGAGGAAGAAUUCUACGAGACCACCGGCUUCGACUUGAAUCCGCACGACAAACCACGAAAAAUAUGCAAAACCUGCCUGGAGAAUCUCAUCGUCGUGCAAACGUUCCAAGAAAUUUGCGAAAAAGCGGAAAAAUUUCUCGAAGAAAUGCGACCCGUUUGGAAAAAUCUCAAAAAUGUCCCGCAGGAAGAAAUUUCCGAGGAAAAUUCAAAGUCAGAAGUGGAAAAUUCCCCGAAAUUCGUGCGAAAAUACCAAAAACGUAAAUUCCCGACGAAGCAUAGGUGGCAGUAUGACGCGUUAAAGGAGUAUUUACGCGAAAAUCGCAUCGAACCGAGUGCAAAACAUUUAUUUGUGCUGGAUUUUGAGACGUUGCUGCCGAAUGUGGACGAGUUACCGAUGAAUCUCGAUAUCGAUACGUACGACGACGACAACGUCGAUGUAUCGUGCACCUAUUGUACUUACCAAGGCACCGAAAUCCGGACGCAUUUUGAGAAGGAUUGCCGUGAAAAACGCCAAAAAUUCCGCUGUCCCUGCAGCAAAGAGUAUUUUUGUCUCGAUCUCUUGCGGAAACACAUCGCGCGACGACAUCCCAACAAACGGGUCUUGUACAGGCAGCUUCAGUGCACUUUUUGUCAAUUUACUUGCUGCUUCGAGACGUCCAUGGAAAAGCAUUGCAUGAUGAUGCAUGUCGAUGCGGACUUUGAAAUUUGCCAAAAAUGCGGCGAAAUUUUCCAUUGUGAGGAUUUAAAGUUGCAACACGUCGUUUUUCGCUGUAAUGACGCCGAUUUUUCCCUCCAAAUCCCGUUUUUGUCAAUUUUGGGCUCGGAACCCGAUGCAACGGAAUCUUGCAAGCUGUGCAACCAAAAAAUCCCCGUAAAUUCGAUGAAAUUUCACAUCGAACGAGAUCACGAGAAACUUCGUUACUUUUGCGAUUUGUGCGGAAAAAACUACAACGCGAAGCUAAAUCUCACGAAACACAUGCAACUUGCCCACUUGGGUCGCGAUCGUUACCCGUGUCAAUUUUGCGAGCGGAUUUUUCGUUCGUGGAGCAGUCGACGGUUUCACGUGAAGACAAAACACUCGGAAGCCCCCUUGCCGCACAUUUGCGAGUUUUGCGGCAAGGGAUAUGCCAAAGGGACCGCCUUGAAAAAUCAUCAGGCGACACAUUCGGAGGCGAGAACGGUUUUUUGUCCCGAAUGUCCGGCAGCGUUCAAGAAUAAGCCGCAAUUGGCGCAACAUCGGGUCCGGAUGCACUCGGAGCAGCAAGUCGCUUGCACGAUUUGCGGCAAAAAUUUCAAAAGUCGCGAGCAUUUGAGGCAACAUUCGCUCACGCAUAAGGCCCGGAAGUACUUUUGUCCGGCAUGCCCGGCAGUGUACACGGUGAACAAUAAUUUGAGGAUUCACGUGGAACGGAAACAUCCGGAAAUACAGCUACCUGAAAAAGGAACCAUUUUGAAAAAUAAAGAUCUCAAGGAACUUUUGUCGUUAUGA